UAAGGCAGCAGGACAGGAUGUGACGCAAGUUUACCAUAGCAACAGGGAAGUUGUAGUAUUUGGAUGUUUCGCGCAAUCUAGUGAAUUUCAAUAAACAGAAAUCCAUAAGAAUGCUUUUUUCACCUGCCGGUGUGACUCCAUCAGGAGCUAAAGUACCUGAGUACCAUAUGCCAACAAAUAAUUAUUUGUCUGGAGACUGGAAGUCCCAUAACUGGAGAGGUCCAGCAUAUUAUGUACCAAGUGAAAGGAGAUGGAUUGCAUACCAUAACUACAGGACUUUACCAGAUUUAAUCAAGAGGGACAGUAUGGACAUACAAUGUGAAGAUCAAUAUGUCGACUUUGUUCGAACAAGAGACACUCCAUCAUGUUUUCGAUAUAGAAAUAUUGGCAUACUUCCAAGUAUACAUCCCCAUUUGAUGUUAAAUGGCUACAAGCGGGAACUCUUGUAUUCUCAAACAGCAAACAAAUUUCACAUGGCACCUAUGCCAUGCAGACGUUAUUACAUAAACUAUCACGAUGUCUUAGACGAAAAGCUUUACAGGCGACAUAAAGACGUAUCUUCGAUUUUUAAAAUAGGGCCCUGCGAUGUACCCAAUUAUGGCCAUAUUCCAAACAUUGUUUCAGGGAAGACAAGCUUCACAGAAGAAAUUGAUCGGAAUAACCCUAUGUACGAAAAUGUUUUUUGCACAGGAACACAGUACACUCAUCGCAUUGACAAGCCAUAUCAUUAAGUUUCCAAAAUGAAUAGAAACUCUUCUCAUUUCACUGAUCGUCUUCAGUCUACAAACAAUAAAAUAACAUAAAAAAUAUUGUUUUAUAUUCAUUUCCAUCUCCACACAUAUGAAAACAAUAAUAUAGAGAGAAGAUUAAUCAAAAUUAUGUAUAAAAAUAUCUUUAUUACAAGUUGUUGUUGAUAAAACAGGAAAUUUAGAAAACUGAUUUUUUAUACACUGACUUGACAAAUAGCUGCUUUCCAAUAACUGUCAGGUGUACAUGAUACAAUAAAAGAAAACAAAAAAUC